ACAGCGAUAACGAUUUAACAUUAUAUAUCGAUGCGCAAAACAUUUACUUUUAUUAAAUAAACUUAAGCAACUGCCUCUUAAAAGAACUUAUUUAACAUACCCGACGUUAAAUUAAUAUAAACCAUUUAUUUAAAAUUCAAUUUGUUCAUAGAGGUAACGCUGUUGUUCUGUAAGUCGCCCUCCACCGAGCAACUGAUUGACAAAAACACAUUUUUGGAAAUUUCGACUUGAACCAGAAUUGCGAAGAUUUCCAGAUAGUUUUAGAAAUUAAAACGGUAAACGAAUAUCGCCAUUGAAGCAAGUAAUGUAAAAGAUCUUUCUUUGCCUCGAUGUCUUCAGCACAGCGUCAAAAGCAAUUCGACCCGACCCGCGGCAACGACACAACAAUAAGUCAAAAAAACAAAACAAACAGAAGCUUGAACUCUCCCGGACAACGGAAGCUGCAGGUCUCAAUGGAGAGCCUACAGGUACAACAACCAAAUAUCAGUAGACGUUCCGCCGGCUCUAAUUGGCAAGCGGCAGCAGCAGUUGGCAGCGAGAAUCAAAAACAGACAACAACUGCUGGAGAUGAGGACGCAAAUGCCGUCUUAACCAAAUCGGCACGUGCGCGUCUCAAACGCAAGACACAGCGCAAUCGGUACUUGGCCAUGGACUGCGAAAUGGUCGGUGUCGGUUUCAAUGGCCAGGAUGACAUGCUGGCACGUGUCUCCAUUGUGAACAAAGUGGGUGAAGUGCUUUUGGACAAGCAUGUGAAGCCCCGCGAGUUAGUCACAGAUUAUAGGACAAGCGUCUCGGGCAUACGGCCCCAUGACAUCGAAAAUGGCGAGGAGUUUGAAGCUGUGCAGGAUGAGGUGGUCAAGCUUCUACAUGGUAAAAUACUUGUCGGCCACGCCCUGCGCAAUGAUCUCGCCGUGCUGAGCAUUAAGCAUCCCAUGGCCCACAUUCGUGACACCUCGCGCUACAAGCCGCUCUGCAAACUCGUCUCGAAUGGCCAUACACCUAGCCUCAAGCGUCUAACUAUGGCCGUGCUUGGCCAGGAGAUACAGACCGGCGAGCAUAACUCUGUGGAAGAUGCACGCGCUGCCAUGGGCAUCUAUAAUCGAAUUGCUCCUGACUGGGAGAAAUAUCUAGAACGGCGUCAGCAACAGAAAUGACAGCAACAUAAUACGAAUAAACUAGCAUUAAGUCAUUGU